AUGUCUUUUGUACCGAUUAAAGAUGGAGAAUUUACUAGCACGAUCUAUGGAAUGAUAAAAGACGGCAAAUACAACGAGGUGAUGCGCAUCUUACAAUACGAGCUACAAAGGAGUCCAUCAAAUCGUGCGGCACUAUCUCUACUUGGCUACUGUCAAUAUUAUACCCAAGAUUUUCACGGAGCCGUUGAGUGCUACGAGCAGCUCACUCAACUUUAUCCGAAUUUCUCCGAGUACAAACUUUACUAUGCUCAAUCACUGUACAACGCGUUCAUGUUUCCCGAGGCUAUAGCUGUCGCUUCAACGAUUGAAGAUCCAAGUCUUCUUAGCGAAGUAAUCAAACUUGAGGCGGCUAUUAAAUACAGAGAAGAAGAUCUCACAAAUGCUCGAAUUCUUGUCGAACAAUUCCCACAAGAAGACGUCGAUAUUGAAGUGAAUCUUGCAUGCCUGGAUUACAAGGAGAAUAAUUAUGAAAAAUCACUCGAGAGAUUCAGUCGAGCUACUGGGACUUUUGGAUAUCAGCCAGAACUCGCGUAUGCUCAAGCCUUAUGUCACUACCGAAGAAAGGAGUACCCACAAGCUCUCAAGUACAUCACUGACAUAAUCGAUAGAGGUAUACAG